UCACGCGAGGUUAGUCGGUUUGUUGUGAGGAGCGCGCGGCUGUGGUGCGGGUUCAGUCAGUGUGAGCAGACAUCAUGGCAGGAGUACUGGCCCGCAAAGCGGUGGACUAUGUCAGGAGCAAGGAGUUCCGCGAAUAUCUCAUGAGUACGCACUUCUGGGGACCGGUCGCUAACUGGGGACUACCAAUUGCUGCUAUCAAUGAUAUGAAGAAAUCACCGGAGAUAAUUAGUGGCCGUAUGACAUUUGCCCUCACUUGCUAUUCUUUAUUGUUCAUGAGGUUUGCUUACAAAGUGCAACCCAGAAACUGGUUAUUGUUUGCAUGUCAUUUAACCAACGAAUGUGCACAACUUGUUCAAGGAAGUCGGCUAAUCAACUUCAACAUGUCAAAGAAAGAAGUGAAUAAACAAAAAUGAAUAAAGUUUCACCAUCCUUGAAUACCUGCCUGUAACCUAACUUUUGGACCUUGUCAACAGUUUAUUUGCACUGUGCAAUUUAGUUCUUAAUACAGUACUCCUUCUCUACCACUACAUCUCUAACAUAAAGGGUUUUAUUUAUACUACUGUUUGGUCAUUUAUCAUCAUGUCCCACAUACUGCUGUCUCUCAGGUUAACUCUAAAAUCAAGUGAGCUAACGUUGGGAGAGAACAGAUCGGUCCCGGAGUUUUAAUUCACUGAUAUACAGAAAUAAAGUGAUCUUACUAAUGAAGUUGCAGCCUUUAUGAAUAAUUCAGGGUAUUCAUAUCUCUUAUGAAUUUUUACGUGAACAUGAAUAAAUGAAGGUAAAUAUUUC